AUGAAGUUUAUUAUUUUUGUAAUGCUCCUGACCGCAGCUACCGCUUUUGCAAGUACGCAUGUGAAUGUUUCAUUCACUCAACAUCAUUCAAGUACUGGCUCCAAAAUGUCAGACUCCUUUGAACAACAUAAUAAUAAUGACGAUCACAAUGGUCGCUUCGCUAGAAUUCAAGUUGAAGGCAAAAAGGCCGACAAUGAUUUCGAAAAUACUCAGAAAGUAGUCUCAGAUGGCAAAUCGAAUCAUGAAUCGACUGCGGACUAUCGUUCUGAACGUGUACAAAACGAGGGAACAUCUGGAUACUUCGGUGCGCAAUCACAGAACCAACACAGAGGUUUUUACAAUUCCAAUCAAGCUGUUCAUCAGAAUCAUGGCCAGUUUAGGAACAUAAGUCCCCAGGAGAAGCAAAACAUGGAGUUUGAACGCUACAUACAAAAUUAUCAUAGUGGACCUACUGUUGAGACCGUAUAUGAAUCAGCAAAACCAGAAAUGCAACAUACUUUGACUGCAUCGGCUGAUCACGAAGGGAGCCAACGUGUUUCGAAGUUUGAACGACUCGUUGCUCCACCCACAAAAGCAGAUAGUGUUCAAUCUGACGAAAUUAAACCAAUUAUUAACCAUCAGCCUGUGGUACCAUCUAACACUGCCUCAGUGAAUUUACCAUCUUCAUCUGCGUCAUCGUCAUUAUCGCCAUCUCUACCAAGUGUAGCCGUAAGUUCUACGAAUGGUAAGAGUUUUAAUGUAAACCUAAACCAAAAACCAGCAUCAGUCGGCAAAGAUGGCUUUAACUUUGACCUAAGUUAUAAUAAACCAAAUUAUAACGAUCCCAGCUAUAAAUUCAAUGAGGGUCAUUCUGACGCCCAUUUCUACAAUCAAUUUCCACCCUCAGUCGAGGAACCUCAAAGCGGUUAUGGCCACUAUUAUGGCAAUAACUAUGGUCGACAACAAGUAGCGGAUGGUUAUCACCCAAUGGAACAGCGUCCUGUUGUCACAAAAACAAUACAAAUUGCUCAACCCGCAAUUAAAGCCAAGAAGUACGAGGUCCGUCAUCCCGCUAUACAAAAAGAGUUUUACGAUAUUGAAGAACGAGUUGUCAUUAAACCUGCUGGCACUGUAGUAGUAGAAUUAGAGAGACCGUCGGCCAAAAUCCUAAAGGAAGAGACAACGUUACCUCUGGGCCAUCCACAUCCAGCAGUGGCCUCAGCGUACAUGCCCAGCAGAAAUACCCAAUCAUUCAGCAAUAUUAUUUACAGCAACUCUGGAUCCUCAUCAGCAAAUCAUCCAAAUAACCAAUACAUUCCCCAUCAGACUUACAACAACAACGAUCGUCAUUCACCCAGUGCAUCUUCACCCACCUACGAUCAAAGCUCGAAAGAAGUAAUUGCAGAAUCGAACCAAAAUAAACCAUAUCAUUUCUCUGCUGCAGCAACAACCGAUGGACCCAAACCUCAAAAUAGAGAAAUUGUAGUAGUAACCGAUGGUAAUGGAAAUCAACGUCAAAUUUCCACUGAACAACUUACUUAUUCACGCGAUGAAACUGACAAUGCUCCAUCAAGACCCGUAUACAACCACAGAAAUUCCUAUGCAUAUGAGGAUAAUGGACGCAGCAACCAUUCUCCCCAACGAUCUGGUGUCAAAGCCAAUCUUGAUAACAGGGAUGGUUUCACUUUUGAUGCUGAAUAUAUCAAUAACUCUGGUAAUACUAAUUUGCGUAAAGAAAACAAACCAGCACGAUUACAAGAGGCGUCCUCAAGAGUGACUGAACAAAUGCAACCCAUAAUAAAACAUGAACAUAAAAUAGUAUUGUCACCUAGUCAACAUAAUAUUUACUUAAGUCGUAAUGUAGAAGUGCCCAAAAUGAAAUUUAUUGAAGAAACGGCUCAAGUUCGCGAAAUAAAACCAUACUUGCAAAAUCAUCAGGGACGUGUAAUGGUCUAUGGAUCGAAUAAGCAAGCACCAGAAGUAAAAUACGUUCAAAGAUCGGAAUAUCAGCCUCAACCACAACCACAAAGAAGUCAAUCGGAUGGUGCUGAGAAUCGUGUGCAAUACAGUGCUCCAUAUGCUCAGAUGCGACACCAUUCAGAUGGAGACCAAUAUGCAAAUCAACAUGAGCACAAACAGCAUCGUCUACCCCAGAAAGAUGCAGCUAAUCAGAGAAAAUCUGAGAAGUUAAUAGUUGAAGAUAAAUCUGAAAAGGAUCUAAAGAAAACCUCUGUGGAAAAUACAAUGGAAAAGGAAGCUCCUCAGGCACAUAUAGAAAUAAAAAUUCCCAAUCAAUCAUCACAUGAUGCCGAUAAAGCUAUAGUUGUUAAUUCCAAAAUAAGGCCCAUGAUGAUGGACGACGAUAGUGACCAAACUCACCAUUCCAAAUUGGAAAUUUCUGUAGCAAAUAAAGGUGAACCUAAGCAACAACAAACAUCGAAUGACAAACUCGAAAAUAGCGAACAAAUAGACAUUAACGAUAACAAAAACGACAGCGAUAUCGAUAGCGAACAAUUGUCAAAUUUCAAAACAAAACCUGACUGUGAUCAAACAUCCGUUUCAGCGCAAAGCGGUAAUUACGAAGUAGCACCCGAAUACAAGAAGUAUGGGCAACAGAAAUUCAUGCGUAUUGUCGAAGAAGCUAGUGCUGUUGCUAACGACGCCACACCAUCCGCAGAAUCCUCAACUGUUAAUACAAACAAUCAACACCAUAAUGUAGAUGCCAAUGUAAACAGUGCUACUGGCCAUGUAAGCCCACCUGGUUCCCGUGUCAUUGCAGCCACACCAGCUCUCAAAGAAUCAACUCCAAGUGAAAGUUUUCACAAGCGUCGCAUUGUUGUCAAUCACCCCUUCCAAACUGUACGCGAAGUCGUCGAACACGAACCCUACACCAAAUAUCACGAAGUCCAAGUAAAUGAACCGGCUACCCCUGAUCACUAUCACUCUGCCAACUAUUUCCAAUCACAUGGUGCUUUGCGUCAAUCUGAUAACGGCCAUUCCGCAUAUUACCACUAAGUAAAACAUUUGCUUGUUUAAUUAAUGCAUUUAACAAUUAAGUAAUUAAUUCACUAUAUUUAAUUUACUACAAUGUGUCGAUGGACACUAGAACG